CAAUCCACUGUUCAGGAAGCCAUUUUGUAGUCGGAACUUGAUUACUGGCAUAAUUAUACUCUGAUUAAUCUGCUUAGGAAGAGCUGAGAGACUUGAAGACUAAAGGCAGAGGCAGAUACAGAAGCGGGCAAGAAAAAGAUAGUUUCUGGCUUUCUGCGCCAAUCUACUAGUACCACCAUUCUGUACUCCAGGCAACAUGUCAUUUUAUUUGUGGAAAAUGAAAUCUCAUGAGCGACUUGAACUUCUUGCAGAGUGGCAACUGAAAAAUCCAAAAUGCUGUAUUUUAUAGGCAUACUACUCAACUUGAUUGCCGUCCUAAAUCUAACAUUAGGAAGCGACACAUGCCAACAGGUGAAGCACUGCAAAAUUGUUCAUGUUGACAAAAACGUUGAGUAUAUCUUUGAUUUCUUGGUGGAUCAAAACUCACAAAACUGCACAUUCGCCCUAAAAUUUAACGGCCAGAUCUUCAAUUUCAAUGGCACGUACCGUUAUACAGAACAAUUCUCAGAAGUCAAGGUCUCUAGAACUGAUAUCACAACAAAAACUAUUUUUGACCAUUUGAUUGUGAACCUGGAAAUCAGAUCAGUACAUGUUGAUGAUGCUGGAAGAUACAAGGCUGAAUUCCAAUGUAGCAACUCUACUUCAACUACUUCACAAUCUUACAUUCUACGAGUAUACUAUCCUCCCGAAGCAGCUUCCUGCCGAUGGUACAAUCCUGGAGAACUGAAUUUAACAGCGCAUGCAAACUAUGGACAUUUACCAGCAUUGAAGUGCUCAGCAACAAACGGUUAUCCCGAAAGUAACAUUAUAUGCUACUCAAGGCAUCAAGGCGCAACUAUUGCACACAAUCCCCGAUUCAUUACUGGAGAUGAUGUAAAAACAUUCAUAUUCUGGCUAUCAAGAAGAUCACUCCGAUGCUGUUCUGUUAGCGAGCUGUACCGCAAAAGCUAUCACUGGUGCAAAGACUUUGUUUCACCUGAUCCUGAUCGUCAGCAUUCAACAUCACAAACUGUGCUUUUAACUCAUACCCUGUCAGAGAGAGAAGCAACAGUUUCUACAGAGAAGCCGGAAAGGAUCACAGAAGUACUACCAAAGUUACAUAUUACAUCAGCAGUGCAACAGAUCUAUGUUGCUACCAGAAUUUUCCUCUCGAUUGAAAUCAUAUUUGCCAUGUUGGUUUUUUGCAUGUUGAUGGUUAGAUGUGAAGACUUUAGCUAAAGGUUUGCAUUAUAUUACUGAUGAUAAAGAGGGGAAUAUUCGUAACGGCCUAGUUAAUGAAA